AUGGAUAAGGAGGUGAAGAUAGAAGCCGUUCUCGAUGCACGAGAACGAGAGGGAGAAGUUCAAUUCAAAGUACAGUGGAUCGACAGUGAGCGCAGAAGUUCUUGGGAACUAGAAACGAAUCUUAAAAGUCCUCAUAAUGCAAAGGUCAUUAACAAUUACAAGCAUGCUCAUAGAAGAAAAAUGGUGAAUAUUGAGAAGAAAGUUGAUGCCGUUCGAUCAGCUGAGUGCGAUGAAUCAAGCGAUGCGGGCAGUGACGAUGGCGAACUACGACCACGAACUCUGGAUCUCGAAGAAAUUGUUGAGGGGUUGAAUGAAGCGACAGCUCGUGCUCGUAAGAAGUUACAUGAUGACACACAUAUCUACACCCCGACAGAACAGCUGCUUUUGAAAUCUGAUUCUUCUGGUAGAUUGACAAGAAGCCAGAUGCGAGGAAAGUUAGAGGAAAUGUCACCCAGUAUCUCCAGCAAUAAGCAGAAUACGUUUCCUCUCAACUCCUAUUUAAUGAUGGAGCAACCACUGGACACAGAUUCCGAUGAUGAGAUGUUGGCAGAAAUUUUGGAAAAGUCGAAAUUAGAGUAUGAACACACGCCUACUGCAGUAUAUAGUUGUGAAACGGAAGGAGACAGAGGUAGCAGGCGUCCUAGAGGAAGGCCCAGAGGCUCUAAAUCCAAGACUAAAAGAUCUUCUACUUCCAGCGGAGAGAAGCCGGCUCAGAGCUCUAGCGGAACUGUUGGAGGAUUGAGAAAAAGAGGUCGUCCCAGAAAACUUGUAUUUUCUGAUACAAAAGACAGCUCAAAGGAAGACCCUUGUGAGAUGGAGAAGACUGUUUUCUCAAAUUUUUCUGCGAAGUUCGAUGACUCAAUGAAAUUACUGUCACACGUAGAGCCUGCGCAGAAGUCAGAAGCGACUGUCAACACGCAGUUUCAAGAUAUCUGUGAGAACCUCUCUCCCUUCAAACUUUCUCCAUCUCCUUCCGUGGAUCUGUCGACCGAAUGUGCUCAACAUUCUCCAAAGCCUCUAAAACCGAGCGAUGGUACGAAGGCCAACCAACUGGAUCUUGGGGACUCAACUUCACCAGUUCGGCGUAAGCAAUCUAAAGAAUUGACUUUCGAAAGUGCAUCAGACUCUCCAAACGUAAAGCGGAGUGAUUUGACCAGUAAUACAUUUGCUACUGCUGGAAACUCAUCGACAAAUCUUCAGUGCACCCCAGCAAAGUGUUUUCCGCACCUAUCCGUUGCCAGUGCUUCAUCCUCUAUUGAUGACAUUGCCGAAAUGGUUAUCUCUAACCAACAGGAAAUUGAAAAUUUUCGUGCAAAGAAACGUGAAGACAACACGUCCACACGUCAACUGCACAAGCGCUCUCGUACGCCUAGCAGUAGCAAGAAAUCUUAUUCGAUGGGAGGUAAAGAAAACAUAGUUGACAUGGGACUUGAUGAGAAUCAGGAGAUUAUAAAAAGGAAGACGCGAACGAGACGUAGAAUGCUUGAUGCUCUUCCCGGACCUGUUUCCAUGAAACAUCUAUCAGAAAUGCGGCACGAAAUGCACGAAGAAGUAACAGCAAAGUUCAUCCCAUCCUAUGCAAAUUUCGAUGCAAAUAAGCUGUUGGAAGCGGUCCAAGCAGGUAGUUUGAAACAAUUUCGUGAGGCAACAGUGCAUUUUUGUGCGCCCUAUGCAACCUACGACUGUUUCGAUGAGAUUUGCUCUGUUAUUUCCGGUUGGCGAGACGAGAAUGGUGGAACCCUUAUUCACAUGGUAUGUCGUAAGAUAAAAUGCAACGAAACGCACGAAGGAGACGAUCUCAUAUUUUUACUAGCGAAGUAUAGUCCAGAACUAUUACGUAUACGAGACAAAUCGCUCCAAAUACCACUGCAUAUCGCUGUUCAAAAAGGAGAAAUAUGUCGUGCGUCUAAGCUGCUGCAGCUCGGAUCGCCGAUUACGUGGCAUGAUUCACAUAGUUUUUCGCCGGUAGACAUAGCUUAUGGGAAAGGAGGUCUUGGCAUGCUGAAAUUGUUGCUGAAUGCGGGAGCUACAUUUCACGAAUUAUUAGCGCUUGAAGAGAGGUUACCUCCAACAAGUAGAAGAUUUUUAUAUAGCACACUUCUCAAACAUUGCGGUAUUUUGAAUGGACUGUUGCGAGGAGCUCGAAGGAAGAUCUUGAGGAAUAUCCGAGAAACGGUAGUACUCUCUCCGAUAUUCAUCGCUCCGGUUAGGGAUGGGUUGCAUCCUGUUUUUCGCUUUUCAUACACUCCAACUCCCCAGUAUGCUAUAGAUUGCAUGCAAGCUCCUAUGUUGUUCACGUACUUCGCCAUUAACCGUCCUGUACAAGGAAGAAGAGGCGUUGAGUGGAGUUUUCGAUGUCAUGGACGGAUAAGUUGUUUUGCUCCGAAGUUAAAUGGAAGAUUGUUGGAGCCUAUGACUGGAAGUGUACCGACAGGUGUUCCUACCCCGUACUUACUCGAGAACACAUUUGUGUAUUUCUGCCCUCUGCAGCAUGGGACAAAUGUGAUAACAUUCCAGCUAGACAAGUCCUAUGAGAGUACACCUUUAAUAUUCGCUGCUCAAGUUGUGAUGUUGAGGAAAAACAAUCCGAAUCCGUAUUCACGAGGAGAUGUAAUUCCAAGCUAA